ACGAGAGCCAUUCAUUCAAUCAAUUCACACAAAGAGAGAGAGAAAGAGAAGAAGCCAAGGAAGAAGAGAAUCUCAGCAAAGCAUGGCGGCUGCUGUAUCAUCUGUUUGGGCAAAGCCUGGUGCUUGGGCUCUCGACGCCGAGGAAAACGAAGCCGAGCUCCAGCAACAAUCCCUUGCCUCUAAUCAGACCAACUCCUCCUCCGAUUUUCCCUCCUUAGCCGCUGCGGCGACCACCAAAACGAAGAAGAAGAAGGGCCAAACCUUAUCACUCGCCGAAUUCGCUACCUACGGCUCUGUUAAGGCGGCGUCGGCUCCAAAGACGGAGCGGCUCACUCACGAUGAGCUCGUCUCCCUCCCCACCGGCCCCCGCGAGCGCUCCGCCGAGGAGCUCGACAGAUCUAAGCUUGGAGGCGGUUUCCGGAGCUAUGGAAGGGAUGACUCGAGGUGGAGUUCGUCUAGGGUUUCGGAGGAUGGAGAGAAGAGAGGCGGCGGGUUUAACAGGGACAGGGAAUCUGGCAGGGAUUCGGGUCCUUCGCGUGCGGACGAGACUGAUAACUGGGCGGCCGGGAAGAAACCCGUCGGGGGAAACGGAUUUGAGAGGAGAGAGAGAGGCGGCGGAUUCUUCGAAUCUCAGUCUCAGUCCAAGGCUGAUGAAGUCGAUAGCUGGGUCUCGUCUAAGCCAUCGGAGCCCCGGAGAAUCAGUUCUAGCAACGGCGGCGCUGAUAGAUUCGAGAGAAGGGGAAGCUUCGAGUCCUUGUCUAGAAACCGGGAUUCACAAUACGGCGGCGGCGGCUCUGAUUCAGACAGCUGGGGGAGGAGAAGAGAAGAAAUCGGCGCACCACCUCCGAGCGGUGGAUCACGGCCGAGAUUGGUGUUACAGCCCCGUACGCUUCCCGUUGCAGCGCCAGCCAUUGUGGAUGUGAACCCGGAAAGUGCGGUGACGGUCACAGUAGAGAAACCUAAAGGUGCGAAUCCUUUUGGGAACGCCAGGCCUAGGGAGGAGGUUUUGGCAGAGAAAGGCCAAGAUUGGAAAGAGAUUGAGGAGAAGCUCGACGCUGUGAAGUUGAAGGACGUUGCUGCAGCCAUUGAGAAGUCUGAUGAGAGGUCUCCAGGGAAAAUGGGGUUUGGUCUUGGCAAUGGCCGUAAUGACGAUCGUACCGAAAGAAGUUGGAGGAAAAGCACUGAGCAAUCUGAGGAGGGAGCUCAACAGGAGGAACCAGUUGUAGAAGAGGCUAAUAAGGAAGCCGCUAACAAGGAAGAAGAGGCUGAUAAGGAAGCGGCUGGGAACGAAAAGUAAAGUCUCCACAGUUACUUAUUUUGGGAUUGUGAUGAGAGAGUUCGGUUCUUGAGGUUUAUCUAGCUUCUGAGAAUCUGUUGUUGUUAAAUUUGGAUGGUGAUAAGUUGUGUGUGGAACUCGAUAGAAAAUUUUGGUAGUGUCCUUCUAAUCUUCUCUCCAAGUAUUUUUUGCAAUUUUUAGGGUUUUGGGUGUCUUUCUAUGAGUUGUACAAUUUUGUUAUUCGUUUCAUCAUCAUUUAUUGUUUUUCGUUCGAAAGCUUCUUCUUUUGUAGUGGUAAGCUGCGAUUCAGAUGUAUGUAUUUCUUUCUACUUUGUGAUCGAAAGAAUGUGUAUCCUCGGUUA